UAAAAAAGUCAGCAGGACAACACACAGCAAGUGAAGUGGAAAGCGGCUCCUGUUCUACUCGUGAUCCCGCUCUGGAAAACUUUAGGACUAGAAACUCUGCCAAGAACUCGAGAAGAAGUUGUAUUUAUUUCUUUAUGCCUGCAGUGAGUUGACAUCGUCUGGUCUCGAAGGUGAGGAGGUGGAAGACAUUUAAGUCUAACUCAUGACGGCAGAGGUCCAGCAGCCCCAAGCGCAGACUCCUGCCCAGAGCAGCCCCAUGUCUGCUCCGGACAAGACCGCUGUGAUGGACACCUCUUCGACGUCGUCCACAGCCAAAGCCAAAAAGAGCAACGCGGGAAUCCGCCGACCAGAGAAACCCCCUUACUCCUACAUCGCUCUCAUCGUCAUGGCCAUCCAGAGCUCGCCCACCAAGCGGCUGACCCUCAGCGAGAUCUACCAGUUUCUGCAGAGUCGCUUCCCCUUCUUCCGGGGCUCCUACCAAGGCUGGAAGAACUCUGUGCGUCACAAUUUGUCCCUAAACGAGUGCUUCAUCAAGCUGCCCAAGGGCCUUGGACGGCCCGGGAAGGGUCACUACUGGACAAUCGACCCGGCCAGCGAGUUCAUGUUCGAGGAGGGCUCAUUCAGGAGAAGACCGCGAGGCUUCCGUCGCAAGUGCCAAGCGCUCAAGCCCAUGUACAGCAUGAUGAACGGCUUGGGCUUUAACCACAUCCCAGAGUCGUAUAACUUCCAAGGCAGCGGCGGGGGGCUCUCGUGUCCGCCGAACGGCUUGUCUCUAGACAGCGGGAUCGGGAUGAUGAACGGACACUUAGCAGGGAACAUGGAUGGGAUGGCUCUGUCCGGCCACUCCAUGACUCACUUGUCGGCCAACGGCGGCCAUUCGUACAUGAGCAGCUGCGCCGGCUCAGCCGCCGAGGGGGGGUACCCCCACCACGACAACUCCGCCUCGCCUCUGCUCACCAGCGGCGGCGUGAUGGAGCCGCACCCGGUCUACUCCAGCCCGGCGUCGGCGUGGGCUCCGGCUCCCACUUCGGCUUCGCUCAACAACGGAGCUUCUUACAUCAAACAGCAGCCUCUAUCCCCAUGUAACCCGGGGGCCAACCCGCUGCAACCCAGCCUGCCCACGCACUCGUUGGAACAGCCUUACCUGCACCAGAACGGCCACACGGCCACAGAUUUACAAGGCAUCCCUCGGUACCAUUCGCAGUCCCCGAGCAUGUGCGACCGGAAGGAGUUCGUCUUCUCCUUCAACGCCAUGACGUCUUCGGCCAUGCACUCACCAAGUAGCGGCUCGUACUACCACCACCAGCAGGUCUCCUACCAAGACAUCAAGCCGUGCGUCAUGUGAAGGUUCCGCUGAGAAGGGAUGGACAAGAAAACCACUGAGGGGGUGCGAGGAAAGGCCUCUAUAAAAGACAAGCCGGACUACUUUUUCCUCCCCUCUUCCAAGCAAGCAUCUGUAAUGGUGAUGAUAAUAAUAAUAUAUAAUAAUACAAACUUUUACGUGCCGUCACCACGGAGCAGCGAAGGGAGAGUCUGCUGACGUUUGGUACAAAGUCCUGCAGCGCGGAUGACUAAAAUUUCACACUUUUGUCCAGCUUUUCUUCUUCGUCAUCCUUGUAAAAAAUGCACACUAUUUUCUGUGUUUUCGUUCUUUGGCAUAUUACACUAUUUUGGACUUUCAGCAACAUGAUUGUGGACAUUGCAUUUUUACAUGUCCAUUUAGACUGUAUAAAAAUAAUUAAGGCACUUUUUGAAUAGCCUAUAAGCGCAACUUUUUUUUUUUUAUUUAUUCUGAAGGCCUGCAUAUUUGUAAUUUCAGGCGAAUUGGCCAAGGAGGUAAUAUGCUUUAUUGGCAAUAUUUGUCAGAACGCUUGUUAUUUGUUUUAAAAUGAAAAUGGAGGAUAUAUUAUAAGCACCGUUUCUGUCUGUCAUUAGGAUAAGUAGACCAUUUAUUAAUGCCAGCACUGUAUACUGUUCUAUAUUGUUGGAGAAUUUAGCGAGGGUCAUCCGUCAUACAAUUUGUAAGAAAUAAAACAUUUGUUGGGUUGUUGACGCCUAAAUUCUCAA